GCAAGUGUGAUGCUGGACGGCUCAGCUCGCGCCGCGCCUCGCUCUCGCGUGUUGGGCGUACAGCUUUCUUCUUCUUCUUCUUCUUCUUUUUUUUUUACACGGAAACGGCCGACAGUUUGAAAAGUCAUUUAACACUUUUAAAGCUUCGUAACUAAAAGUGGACACCGCGAGGGUGUAAAGGUGUGCGGACUAAAUGCCCGAAGUUUAUUUCCGUUUUCAACCCGCAGUGUGAACCCAGGCUUUCAUGCUCCAAGAAGAAGAACCAACAGAGCACCAUGUUGGAGCCUCUAGAUCCAAGCCUGGAAAUUACAGAGUGGCUGUCCACCCUCCACUUGUCCCAGUAUAUCUCCCUUUUCCAGCAUGGAGGUUAUCAAGCCUUGGAUGAGUGCAUGGACCUCACAGAUGAGCGCCUCCUGGAGCUUAAAGUGCUGCCAACAGGUCACCGAAGACGUAUCCUUCGGAGCUUGGAGGUACUGAAGCAGCAGAGUGGAGAAGAAGACACAGACGAGCAGGAUGGUCUAGAGAGCAAGAAGGGUCAAAAGAAACCGGUGCCAUACCCAAGACGUGUCUUCCUGAAGGAUAGAAAGAGGGGGAUGUCAUGUCAACUCCAAUCAAAGGAGAAUAGGGAGUAUGACUUUGAAGGAAGUCAGACUUUGCCUGCUAGAGCAGGACUGGGAACUGACCCUGGGAACUUUCCAGACACUCGACACCUCACACCACCUCAGCCGAUGAGGCGUAACCCCAAUAACAUAGUGAAAUCUGUGUUGGCACAAACCUGUGUGUCCUCCCCCGUGCACUCCAGCAGCAGCAGCAGCAACGACUCCCUUUCCACCCCAGAAAUGCCCUCAGAUUUGGAAGAGCCCCUACAUUAUAACACAGACUCUGUGUCCUCUGCUGCUGAAGUCCCUCUCCCAGCGCUAACUGAUGACAACGGGGGAUUUCAUUGUGAAAUGGUUGACAACUUAAUUUAUGAAACACAGUCCUCUUUUAAGGGUCUUGAAGGUCCACAGCUUUCUCGCUCCUAUCGAUUGAGGCAUCGGCCUGUUCCUGAAAUCCCCGAUCAGACCAUUAUCCCACCUCAGGACAGGAGUGCACCACCAGCACAAACAACCAGCCCUGAACACCUAGCUGGCUCAGAGGGUCCCACAGGUGCAAACCGCAUACAGAAAGCUCCACUUCAAAGAACCUUGACACCUAUUGCUCCCUAUGGAGAAACAUUCCUGUACAACAGCCCUGAAACUGCUCUGGACCGAGAUACUAAAGAAGGGUUGCAGAAGGGGUUUAAGGCCAAGAUAAAACAGAAGAAACAGAGAAACAAAUCAAAGGAGAAAGAGUGUCCACCAGCACCUACUGUCCCAGAUCCCUACAGAAAUGAGUACUCAACAGUGGAUGAGUGUACCAGUUUGCCACCCCGGGCCUGUUUGGACCAAGGUCUGGCUGUGACCCCUGACAACAGAUCCAUGAUCAUGGCGGAGUGUGACCUCUACUCAGAGCCUGCAGAUGCUCUAGGAGCCGUCACCACAAAUGCACUGCCUGAUAUUUCGCCGUAUGCAUGCUUUUACGGAGCUCCCAAACACCAAGUGCUCAAAGUGGGCUGGUUGGACAAGCUGUCGCCUCAAGGAAACUGUGUUUUUCAAAGGAGGUGGGUGAGGUUUGAUGGCGAGAGUCUGGCAUACUACAACAAUGACAAGGAGAUGUACUCGAAAGGUAUGAUCUUGGCCAGUGCCAUCAGGCAGGUGCGAGGACCGGGCGACAACAAGUUUGAAGUUGUGACUUCCCUACGGACCUUCAUAUUCCGAGCUGAAAGAGAAGGGGAGCGCCAGGAGUGGAUGGAAACUCUUCAGAUGGCCACGCGCCCCCCUGCCUGCAGAUCCCAGAAGCGCUCCGACAGCCUUCCCCACCUCUCCUCCACAAACAAGCGGGGUUUGCUGGAGCUUCGCGGUUACAAAGGCAGAGUGCUGGUGUCCCUCGUGGGGAAUAAAGUCAGGCUCUGCAAAACAGAACAGGACUACAGAGCUGGGCUGGCUAUAGCCCAGGUAGAACUGACUGCUGCUAACAUCAGAGACAUGGACCGCAGGGGCUUUGAAAUCAACACACCCUUCAAAAAUUUCUGCUUCACGGCAGAGUCAGAACGUGAGAAAGCGGAGUGGAUUGAAGCGGUCCAAGAAUCGAUUGCUGAGAUGCUGUACGACUACGAAGUGGCAGAGAAGAUCUGGUUCAACAAGGCCAACAGGAGCUGCGCUGACUGUGGUGCUCCGCAGCCGGAGUGGGCGUCGGUCAAUCUGGGCGUGGUCAUCUGCAAGCAAUGUGCAGGACAGCACCGCUUCCUUGGUCCAAGUCUUUCGAAGGUGAGAAGCCUAAAGUUGGACAGUAGCAUCUGGAGCAAUGAACUUGUGGAGCUCUUCCUGGAGGUGGGGAACAGAAACGCGAACAGUUUCUGGGCUGCGAAUCUUCCCUCGGAGGAGGAGCUCCAUAGUGGGGCUUCCGCUGAGCAGCGUGCCACGUUCAUCUGCAGGAAGUACAGGGAGAGAAAAUACCGGAAGGUCCUGCAAGGCUUUCAUAACCUUCAGCAGCUCAAUCGGGCACUUUGUGCAGCUGUGGUGUUGCCUGACGUGCUGCAGACCAUGGCACUGGUGUUCAGUGGGGCAGAUGUUAUGUGUGCCACUGGGGAUCCGACCUACUCCACCCCUUACCUUUUGGCUCAGCGCGCUGGACAGAAACUGCAGAUGGAGUUCCUGCACCAGAACAAACUAUCUGAUUUCCCCAGAUUAGAGCAGUGGUCGGACAACACCUCGCUGUCUGAUGCUUCCCUCUUCAUGGACGGCUUCCUCUACGUCUCCUCUGGCCCUGCCAAGGCAACUUUGGAUCGGCGCGGAAGAGACGACAUGGCGCGUCGUUGGUGUACGUUGGAGGGCGGCUUCCUGAGUUACUAUGAGAGCGAGCGAAGCCCCUCAGCCAUGGGGAGAGUGGACAUCAGCGAAGUGGUCAGCCUGGCUGUCAACAACUCGGAGACAAUGACUGGAGCUGGAGCCAUGUUCACCGUUGAGCUGUACCUGCAGACAGAGCGAGUGCUGAUUGUUGGAGCUGAAACACAGAAUACACAGCAUGGCUGGAUCCAGGCGCUGACAAAGCACUUCAUUCCGUUUAAAGUUGAGGGUCUGGUUCGGAAAGACAGUGAAUUGAUUGGCAGACUCCACUACAAAGAAGGCCACGACCUGUACCACUGGAGGAUGGGCUGGUUUAUGCUGGAAGGCUCUGCCCUGCACUACAGCUCAGGAGAUGAGGAGGGACAGGCGGAAAUCAUUCAACUCAAACAACUACAGGAGCUUACUGUCUCCACACAUACUAAGGGCGAGGACAAGAUCCAAGUCCUGCUGAUGGUGGGGUGUGGAAGCAGAACAGUUUACAUUCAUGGCUUCAACAAGAUGGACUUUUGUCUGUGGCACUCCGCCAUCACACUAGCUGCAGGGACAGACGGAAAAGCACUCAGCAACCAACAGCUGACUAAAAACGGGGUCCCUAUUAUUGUCGACAGCUGCAUUGCUUUUGUCACCCAGUAUGGGUUGUGCCAGGAGGGGGUCUACCAGAGGCGUGGGGACUCUGCUCGAGUGUCUGCCCUCCUAGAGGAAUUCACCCGCGAUGCCCGAAAUGUCAAGCUGAGGGAGAAGGAGCACCAUCUCGAGGAUGUGACGGACACCUUGAAGAGGUUCUUAUCCCAGGCAGAGGAUGCACUGCUGACCAAGGAGCUCUAUCCAUUCUGGGUGUCAGCUCUGGAUGAGAAGGACAAGAGGCAAAGAGUGAAGAAGUACUCUACUUUUAUAGAGAGUUUGCCGAAGAUCAACAGAUCAACCCUUAAUGCGCUGCUUCAACAUCUGUACAGGAUUCAGCAGUGUUCCCACCUCAACUGCAUGCCGAGUGAAAAACUGGCCUCGGUCUUCUCCUCCUGCUUGUUCCAGACUCGAGGACAAACCCCAGAGGAAAUUAGUGUGGUUCAUGACCUAAUCAGCAACUACAUUACACUCUUCAGUGUCAAUGAGGACCAGGUGCAACAGAUGGAGAGAGAGAAUUGCUUCAUCACACGCUGGAAUGACAAGAAGGACACCACAUUCUGUCCAGCUGGGGAUUUGAUUUUCGAGGUUUACCUGGAAAAAAAAGAGCCAGAGCAGUGCUGCUUAAUAAAGGUCUCUCCCAGUAUGCGGCCCUCAGAGCUUGCAGAAUCUGCGCUGAGUAUGAAGAAUGUCACUUUUAAAGCUGAUGACUUCUGGACCACCUUUGAAGUUAUUGAAAAUGGAGAACUGGAGCGACCGUUGCACCACAGUGAGAAGAUUCUUGAGCAGGUGUUGGAGUGGAGUAGCUUGGAAAGCCCUAGCUCUGCUUUUCUUGUUCUAAAGAAGUUUGCAUGGACCAGAAGAGCAGCUGAUGGUAAAGACCGAAGGCAGUUUAUAAAAGGCGAUCACAUGAAGUUCAGUGAUGGAUCCUCCAAACUUCUGUCGGGACACAGAUUUCAGGACAAGUAUGUUGUUCUACGUGCAGAGAAGCUUCUGCUCUACAGGGACAUUAAAAGUACCAAGGCAGAGAGAGCUGUCCAGUUGAAGACUGUGAAAUGUUACAUGGGCCUGAAGAAAAAGCUCAAGCCUCCCACCAACUGGGGCUUCACAAUCUACACUGACAAACAACAGUGGCACUUCUGCUGCGACAAGAGGGAGACGCAGGUCAGCUGGGUGACAGACAUCAUCGCCAUGAAGUUUGGGUCCGACCUCCAUUCAAAGACCAUCAACUCAACAGAAAUGGCAGAUCACAAACCAACCAGAGGUGGCGCUGUGUCAGAAGGGCCCAUGAGCCUACCAUGCAAGGACAGUUCCAGCCAACAGCUUACAAAUAGAAACGUUUCUUACAGAGAUGGAGACCAAAGGACCGUCAAGACUUCUAGUCUUCCCCUCAAAACCAAAAAUCUAGCAAACUCUCCAAAGCUAAGUGUCCUGACCAAGGCCCCAGAGCUUCCACAAAGAAGAACUUCUGUGGAUGUUUGUAUGCCACACCGACUACCCUCCCCAUCCUUGUCCAGACACCUGCAACCUAUGCCUUUGCCCGUCCCUCAGAGUAGCUGUAAGACACUCAGCAAAAGUCCAGUUGUCGGUGGUGAGAGUAUUAUGCCAGCUAAUCUGAUGAAUGAACUAAAUUCAGUGCUGAGUAAGACCGGUCGCAAGAAUAAUGACUGAAAAAGGAAGAACUGAAGAUCAGGACACACACUGAGAUGAAAACAAUAAAAAAAGAAGCCUGAAGGAAAGAUCACGCAGUGCAGAUGGAGACAAAGUGAUCUGCCCAACUCCAGGCUCUGAUCUCCAACUGCUUUUUAAGGAGAGAUACCGAUACACGGGGGAUGUGGAAAACAGAUGCAGGCUACAGCAGAGGUCAGAAAAACCUCAGCUGGAAGUGGCGCUGACCCAAGCACUACACAGUGUGUAGUCUAUAUCAAGACUAAGUUAGAAAAGCAUGUUCAGCUGUCCAACAGAAGUUAGCAGAAAGUCUUUUCUCCAUUUUUUUCUGCUUCAUGUUUCUUUGAGAAGCUGAUUUCAUCCACACCUGGAAAGUAUUUUUCCACUUUUUCCACCUUCCAGUUAAAGUUUUCAUAAACAUUUUAUUCUUCAUAGCACUUUUAUAAAGAAAAAUGUUUAUAAUAGAUGUGUAUAUUCAGCUGCCUUCCAUAUUUUUAUAUUGCACGCAAGGUUUAAAAACAGAAGUGUGUGCUUUUUAUGAAAUGGAGAAAAGAGCAGACUGAGCCAUUAAUAGUGACUAAUACUCAUAUAUUUUAUUGGCUAUUAGCUGGUCGAUGGGGAGAAACUAAAGUGUUAAGUGUUACUAUUUAUUUUUAAUAAAGUGACCUUUUUACAUGCAGGAAUACUGUAACAUUUAACUGUUCAGCUAAUAGCUGUGUUUUUAAGGCUGUUGAGCUUUUUCAGUAGCACACCACUUUAAUUUUUAAACUGGCUGCCCCAAAUGUAAUUUUAAUGCACAGCAUGAAUAUAUUAAUAAACAUUUAAAAAAUGCUUUGACAUGCUGUUUUUAGUGAACAGUUUAAUCUUUAAUGAUAACUUAUUUCUAUUUGGCUGACAGUUUAGUGCAGGUUGCAACAUCAAAAUAUUCCCUGCUAUACGUCAGCCUGAUUACGUCACGGAAAGUUUGCCUUCUUCUGGGGAAAUUUGGGAAAUGUUUAUAUGUGAGUUGAGCACAGUUACAGGACAGAUAUGCUUAUACAGUUCCUGUUGUAUGUUAAAUGGUCCCCAACAUAAAACAGUAGUAUAUGAGGGGUCAAAUGGAAAGUAUUGCUAGGAAUUACCAAGACAUCUAUAAAUUAGCAGCAGCUUCUUCAGUGAGCCAGUAAAAGCGUUGCUAAUGUGUUCAGCUCUCUUUGUGAUUUCUGAAAGAGCCAAAGAUGUCAGUCGUUUUGAGACGACCUCUAACUCUUGUUUCCUGGUUAUUUAUAUAAAUUCAUAACAAACUGAUUUACUUAUUACCCUGAUGUGGCUGUUAAACCUGAAAUAAAACACUUGGAU